GAGAGUAAGGAGGAAGAGGAGGAGGUGCAGGCCCACAAUACCAGGCGUGCGGCAGUCUCGGCUUUGGCUGUCUGGGCUGUGGGGUUCUUGGGGCCUCGGCGGAGCCCGCUGCUGCCGCCUCCUCGGUCUUUCACGCGCGAGGAAGCGAUGCGGAGGGGUGGAAGAUGGCAGAGCUGCAGAUGUUACUAGAGGAGGAGAUCCCGUCCGGCAAGAGGGCGCUGAUAGAGAGUUACCAGAACCUGACCCGGGUGGCGGACUACUGUGAAAACAACUACAUACAGGCUACAGACAAAAGAAAAGCAUUAGAAGAGACCAAAGCAUAUACAACCCAAUCGCUAGCUAGUGUUGCUUAUCAAAUAAAUGCAUUGGCUAACAAUGUACUCCAAUUGCUGGACAUCCAAGCCUCUCAGCUUCGGAGAAUGGAGUCUUCCAUCAAUCAUAUCUCUCAGACCGUGGAUAUUCAUAAAGAAAAAGUGGCUCGAAGAGAAAUUGGUAUUUUGACAACUAAUAAGAAUACAUCAAGAACUCACAAAAUAAUAGCACCUGCAAAUAUGGAACGCCCUGUAAGGUAUAUUCGGAAACCUAUCGACUACACAGUGCUGGAUGAUGUGGGCCAUGGAGUUAAGUGGCUAAAAGCCAAGCAUGGAAAUAACCAGCCUGCAAGAACUGGCACACUGUCUAGAACAAAUCCUCCUACUCAGAAACCACCAAGUCCUCCCAUGUCAGGCCGAGGAACUUUGGGGCGGAAUACUCCUUAUAAAACCCUAGAACCUGUUAAACCCCCAACAGUUCCUAAUGACUACAUGACUAGUCCCGCAAGGCUCGGAAGUCAACAUAGUCCUGGCAGGACAGCUUCUUUAAAUCAGAGACCAAGGACACACAGUGGAAGUAGUGGAGGAAGUGGGAGUCGAGAAAACAGUGGAAGCAGUAGCAUUGGCAUUCCCAUUGCUGUGCCUACACCUUCUCCACCCACUAUUGGCCCAGCCACCCCUGGCUCAGCUCCCGGUUCCCAGUACGGCACAAUGACCAGGCAGAUUUCUCGACACAACUCUACCACUUCUUCGACAUCUUCUGGUGGAUACAGACGGACUCCCUCUGUGACUGCCCCAUUUUCUGCUCAGCCUCAUGUUAAUGGAGGUCCACUUUAUUCUCAGAAUUCAAUUUCUGUUGCUCCACCCCCUCCCCCUAUGCCUCAGUUGACUCCACAGAUACCUCUCACAGGCUUCGUGGCCAGGGUGCAGGAAAACAUUGCUGAUAGCCCAACUCCACCGCCACCACCUCCGCCAGAUGACAUGCCCAUGUUUGAUGACUCUCCACCUCCGCCCCCACCUCCUCCUGUGGACUAUGAGGAUGAGGAAGCAGCAGUAGUCCAGUACAGUGAUCCUUAUGCAGAUGGGGAUCCUGCGUGGGCCCCCAAGAACUAUAUUGAGAAAGUUGUUGCAAUAUAUGAUUAUACAAAAGACAAGGAUGACGAGCUGUCAUUUAUGGAGGGUGCCAUCAUUUAUGUCAUCAAGAAGAAUGACGACGGCUGGUAUGAAGGGGUCUGCAACCGGGUGACUGGACUCUUCCCUGGGAACUAUGUUGAAUCAAUCAUGCACUAUACUGAUUAAAUUUCCAAAGUAGGUUCUUAUUAUUCAGUCAUACUGUGGGACUAUAAUGGUUAACAGAAUUGUCUUAAUGUUUUAAAAUGUGCCCAUAUUUUCAGGACAUGCUGUUUUAUUGGUAUAUUUGAAUGUCUACCUGUAAGCAUAAAUCUUCAAGGCAGUUUGUGUAUUGCUAAACAGCAAUGUAUACAAGUGGCUGCCCAUGGUUGAUUCUGCACAUGUACUUACACAUUGAUAACUAUGACCAGCCUAAGCUUCCUGGGGAUGUGGGGUAUCGUAUUUAACAAAUCAGGAUUCAGAUAGGACCGUUACAGCAUGGUUACUAACACUGUCCGGCUAAUAUUAAACUCAGAAAACUUAAAUGCUGGUGCUGGUCAUAUUUUGUUUAGAUUCUCAUUUUUUAAAAAAAGAUUGUGUUCAAAGCAUGCAUAGAAUUUUAUGUAUUGAAAUAUACUUAAAAAUUCCAAGAUGCUUCCAAUUUGUGUAAUACCUAACUGGAGUAUUCAGACUUCAAGUCUCCAAGGUCUCCAUGUGAAACAAAGAAUUAUCUGUAAUGUUGUAAUUUGUAUCUAAGUUUUUUAAUGGGUGAAAUUUGCAUUAUAAAUUUUUCCAUUCAUAAAUAUAUAAGUGAACCAAA